AUGUUUAAUAAAAUACCUUUCAUAAUCAUUAAAGAUUAUAUAUUGUCAUUUGAGAAUGAUCUAUCGAUUGUAGAUAGAAUCUGUUUUAGUUUAAGGCCAGAGGAGGAUCAUCAGCAUGAUUAUAAUCAAUCUAUAAAUAUAGAUUAUAAUAAUUUAAAUCUACCAAAAUAUACUACAAAACUUGUAUUUUAUUCGAGUGGUAGUUGGCCAUCGUCUUUUGCUGAUUGUACCAAUUUAGUUUCUAUAAAGCUGUUGUACUCCGGUGUAGAUUUGAAAAGAUUUUUGUGGACUUCCGAUAAGUUCCCACCGACUUUGGAGAUACUUAAUGUGAUGACAUCAUUUAACUCUGUGAUACCGAUUGGUUCAUUACCAGCUUCGCUCAAGGAGUUUAGACUGGGUAUGUCAUUUAAUCAGCCAUUGGAGGUAGGCGUUUUUCCGCCUGGUAUUCGAUUGAUCUCACUCUAUUGCGAUAGUUUCAAUCAACCGAUUCCUGCUGGACUGUUCCCAGACUCUGUGACGUCGUUGCGGUUCGGUGCCGAAUUCAAUCAGCCACUUGGAAGUUCACAGCUGCCUCCAAAUCUUAAACGUCUAAUGUUGGGAAGGUCGUUCCGACACAAGCUCAACUACUUACCGCCAACACUUACAUAUCUUGAUAUAAGUCUGAAUAUUAUUAAUUUCGAUUGGCUUGGUGUUGACGGAUCGAAUCUUCCGGAUUUUAGCCAAACUCCCAAACUUGUAACAAUUGGUAAAUUCCCAUAUCAAUUCAAACAUCUACUUCCACCAUCAGUAACGGAUUUAACAUUAAUAGACCUCUUUAGAAAGACCUCCGUCAAUGGAAAUCCAAAGGUAUCACUAUUGAACAAUGUUAGAGAAUUAACUAUUGGCGAUAACUUUGACAUAAAGUUCAACAAAAAUUCAUUUCCAAAGGCACUCAAAAUAUUGAAUAUCGGCUUUUACUAUCAUCAAAUCGAUCCAUUCGUACUACCAGAGUCAUUACAAGUCUUUAAUAUUACAGAGUACUCAUUUUCAAUAGAGAAGGAUCUUCUUCCAAAGAAGCUAGAGGAAUUAAGGGUUUCUUUACAUACUGAGAAACUAAAGGUUCAAGCUGGUUCCCUUCCAGCAUCCCUUAAAUUGUUAAUAUUUGGUGGAUACUAUAAUGGAAAGCUUAUAAUAGGUGAUUCUUAUUAA